ACCCGAGGGAGAGCGGAGGAGAAGGCCGCUUUCCCCGGCCUUUUGUGAGCUCAGCUCCGCCCACAGGCGGGCCUCGUCCUCCCUCAGCCCUUCAGGUGCCGGUGGGCCGCAGUCGGGGAAAAGAAGCGCGGCCGGCCCUUGAGGUAACGAAGCCAAGACCAUGAUGGGGGCCGCUCGUCGUCACGUGGUGUGCGCCAUGUCUGGCGGGGUGGACAGCGCCGUGGCGGCUCUGCUGCUGAGGCGGAGAGGAUAUGAUGUGACUGGGGUGUUCAUGAACAACUGGGACUUAGUGGAUGAAAAGGGAACUUGUCAAGGCAAUCAAGAUUGUGAAGAUGCUUAUAAAGUAUGUCAGAUACUCGAUAUUCCAUUUCGCCAAGUUUCCUAUGUUAAAGAAUAUUGGAAUGAAGUGUUUAGCUACCUUUUAAAUGAAUAUGAAGUUGGACGGACGCCUAAUCCUGAUAUUAUAUGUAAUAAAAACAUCAAAUUCAAUUAUUUACUACACUAUGCUAUGAAUAACAUUGGAGCUGAUGCAAUAGCAACUGGACACUAUGCAAGGACCUCCCUGGAGGAUAAUGAAGUUUUUCAUCAAAAAUACAAACAACAACCACGAGGACUUUUCAGAAAUAGAUUUGAAAUAAGAAACUCUGUCAAACUUCUUCAGGGAGCUGAUCACAAUAAAGACCAAACAUUCUUCCUCAGCCAGAUUUCUCAAGAAGCUUUGCAGAAAACCAUUUUUCCUCUUGGAGACUUAACAAAAGACUUUGUGAAGAAGAUAGCUGCAGAACAUCAGCUUUAUCAUGUGUUGAAAAAAAAAGAGAGCAUGGGCCUCUGUUUUGUUGGUAAAAGGGAUUUUUCAGAGUUCCUUCUUGAGUAUCUGCAACCACGUCCAGGAAAUUUUGUCUCCAUUGAAGAUGGCAAAGUUCUUGGAACACACAAGGGUUGCUUCUUAUAUACCUUUGGCCAGAGAGCUAAGUUAAAAAACUGCAGUAAUGCAUGGUUUGUUGUAGAUAAAAACAUCGCCUCUGGGGAAGUUUUUGUGGCGCCCGGGAGGGAUCACCCUGCGCUUUACAGAGACCUUUUACGGACAAGCAGAGUUCAUUGGAUUGCUGAGGAACCCCCUGCAGAACUCAUUCAGAACAAAAUGAUGGAGUGCAAUUUCCGCUUUCAACACGUGAUGGCGCUAGUACCUUGUACAUUAACCCUAAAUCAAGAUGGAUCAGUAUGGUUGACUCUGGCUAAGCCAAUAAGGGAUCUUGCAGCAGGGCAGUUUGCUGUUUUCUACAAGGGAGAUGAAUGCCUAGGCAGUGGCAUGAUUCUGAGACUGGGGCCUUCGGUCUUUACUUUGCAACAAGGCAAGAAGAGGGAGACUACUGGUGUGAACAUACCAGAUGAUGAAGUCACAGUCCAGCCAACCAAAUGAUUUCUUGCUUUUUUAAAACCAAGCAGAGUUUUUGCUAUGUUUUUUAAAAACUGGUUAGUCAAAAACCUUGGAGUGAUCGUCGGAUACAUGAAUGCACAUCUGGAUGUGGUGGAAUUUAUCUGAAAAAAUAAAUGGAAUGGAAUGACUCUUCUUGGUGAGAAAAUGGUACCUUUUCCCAUCUUUUGAAGCCCAGCCUGUGCAGAAGUUAAGCAGAAGCCAACAAAGCUCAAAUAAGUGUGCAUAGGAUUGUAAUGUAACACUGUUUGAAGAAUCCUGUUAAGAUCAUGUAAGUAAGUUUUCUGGAAUGUGGAACAGUAGAUUUAUGGCAACAUCUACUGUUGUGUGAUCACAAUAGACUUCUUUAUCCUCUUUCUCAAUAUUUGCCUUUUGGUUGCCCAUCUUGUAAACUUUCAAACCAGAAAGCCAUUAGCAAAUUGGAAGGCAAUGUUACAGCUCAAAGAUAGGUAAGCAAAUUGGGUGUGUGUGUGUGUGUGUGAGAGAGAAUGCUCGGGAUAUCUAGAGAUCUCUUUUCUUUUCUCAUGAAAUGUCCUAGUAUAUUUUAAUUAAUUGAAGUGCAAGAACUAGGAAAAAUUCUUGGCUCUUGAACAUGCUGGCAACUUCAGAUAGUAUUUUGAAGAAUCUUCUGAUAUUUGCCUUUAUCUGUGAAAAAGCUGCUUUGUGUAAUCUCCUCAGCUGUAUUUGGGCAUUCCAGCACCCGACACAAUUAGAAUUGUAUUGGGGAGAUAACUAGAUCAGGCCCCACAUUUUCUGUUCCUCUCAUUUCUGUCAUUCUCCACAAGUUAGAGGGCACAAGUCUCCAGUGAGAAUCCUGCUUUCUACAAGCAGAUUCCCCAUCAGAUUUCAAGCCUGGGAUAGGCCUAAACAGAGCCAGAGUUUACUGCGUGCCUUCAAAUCGUGAACAGGAGGGAUUGAGCAAGACUUUUCAUUUUCUUCUAUGUCUCUAAUGAGGGUGGAGGAUAAAUAAGCCCUUAAUAAAUU